AACGCCUUCGUCAAUGUUUAAGAACCUCUUUCUUGUAGACCAAGCAAUAUCUAUUUAUGGAAAAGAGGGAGGCAUGUCACUCUCUGAUUAAUCAAUCAAUCUCAAUGUUCUUUCUUUUUCUAUCCAAAUCAUAUCAUUCAUUCUUGAGUUAGCAUGAUGUUUUCCCGAGAUGUUAAGGUUCCAUCAGUUGAUGCGCAUUUCUAGAAUCGGGAAACUUAACCGAUGCAAUCUCAACAAGUCCUUUUUACUUUUUAAUAAUAAUACUGGAUGGAAUCCAGUUCCACAGUUCGGAGGGUGGGACCAAAAAGGAUCAGACGAAACAAACUACUCUGUUGUGUUCUCAAAAGCUCGAGCUAACAGGAAGCUGAACAAAGGUGGUGUCAGACAUUCUAGUUUGGGAAGCGAACAAGAACUCAUGGCUAGUGCUCGUCGUCAUCACUACCAUCAACAACAUCUUCACCAUCACCGUGAAACCCAAGACGAUGACCCUGUCAUGAAGAAGAAGAGGAUCUUGACCUACAUUAAUUGUUGUAUCAGGCCAAACUAGGGCCUUUGUUCCACUACUUUGCAAUCUUUUCUCUCAUGAGUUUGUAGCAAAAAAAAAAUGUCUCUCAAGUGUGUAAAGACGUUAGUGUGACGUUUCUGUAAAUGUAUGUGCACCACCUAUUAAGAUGCUCCCGCUUUGAGUAUACAUUUUGAGUUCUGCCUUCA